CGGUGAGAAAAGCUCUGAUCUGCGCACUUCUGCGCUUCCAGGCGUUUCUUCACUGCGUUUCGUAGACUGUGUUUCUAAGGUUGCAUUGUUGACCGAAUAUGCGGAGGGAGUGACGCUACAAAAAUGGAUGCUCUCCUCCCAGUGGGACAACUUGACGUGCACUGUUGCGAAGAACUUGAACGACCUCUUCUCUUUGUGGUUGCAUCACGCACUCCAUGAUCCAAGCCACACGUUUUUCCAUGGCGAUCCACACGCAGAUAAUAUCAAGGUCCAUGUUGGAGAUGGGCUCUCGUCCUCGGCGUCUUCGACUACAAGUCCUGAAAGUGCUACUACCAACGCAGCUGCUUCAUCCUCUGGCAGCGCUUCUUCGGGUCGCGCUGGGCCGUGCUUAAGCGGUCUUGUCCGCGGUAUCGCACAGAGCUGCUCUCCAGCUGAGCAUGGUAGGGCUACUCCAAGUGAGGGCCAUCAUCCAGCCACAACUUCGAACUCGAACCGAUCUGUGGUGGAUCUUGAUGGUGCUUUGAUGAACGAACUCCCGUAUCGGGCAAGUGUGGAGACCUUGGAGGCGGAGAUCAAAUCCGUAGCGAUCCCUAAAGAUGUCGGACACUUGACGCUGAUAGAUUUCGGAAUAAUUUUCAUGUCAGAGGAAAAGCAGCCACUGUUUGUAAUAUUUCGCAGGUUCACGGCAGCAGUCUAUUUUGGCAGCAUAAUAGAGUUACGUCGUGCUUUCGGUGAGCUUCCUGCAGAUGACCCGUUCAUUCUUGCGUUCGAAGCGGAGUGGCCGCGUCUAGCGGCACUGCCCUUGGAACAGCGAAUGCGUGCGGUUGCCACAGAAUUGUUGAUCCCGGAACUGCCGCGACUACCUGCACCGCAGGGCAUGCACGAGUUUUUAUUCGCUUUCAAUCCGCUUACUGACGUUUUUGCAAUGUUCGUCGAGCAAAAAGCGCCGGUUCUUGCAACCUGCGUACCGCAAAGCGACCAUUUUUUUUCUGCAAGUUCUUUACCAAUACCUCGGCCAUCGUCCUCCUCCGCUGUCGACAUGCUGUCGUCUUAUGUUCGUCGCGGAACAACGCGUGGUGAGGAGCCAGAGCCAGGUUCUUUACUGAAAAGUCCACUUCGGGAGGUUCUCGAGGAUGUAAUUUCGGACUACACCUACGACGCCGUGGGCAACUUGAUCUCUAGCACGAGGAAGAAACUGAGGAUCUAAGCUCUGAAAUAGGCACGAUAUUAGCUGUAAUGAGCUGAAGACGCUGGCGCAGCAUUGGCAUUCUGAUUCUCUUUCGCUAUGAUUUCAGUCUCAGUGGCUUGUUUCCUUAAUUUGAUUCUGAGUUCAUUCGUAAGGAAAGGAAUUAGAGAAGUCCUCCAAAGUUCGAAGGAAAUGAGGAAACUACUAGGAGGUAUAAAUUAUUACAUUGUAAAAGCAGAGCGACUUCAAUAAUUAUGAAGCACAACGAGAUGUACACCAACAAGUCUGGACGUAAAUGGUCAAUCAAAGGCAAAGCGCGAACUUAAUGAUGUACGAUUUAGUUUUCCUAAUUUUGUUUUUCAGGAUCACAUGUGGCCCAUAGGCGUGAACGGCAAGAGAGGAACUACAAG